AUGAAUACAUCUACAGGAAAAACAACUUUAUUUUUCAUUAUUGUCAUAACUGCCGCUAUCGUUGAAGGCAAACUACACAAACGUUGUGAAUCGAGUUCUGAUUGUGGUGUUGAAGAAUGCUGUACAUCAGGAAACAGAUGUAAACGUUUCAUUUCUGAAGGAAGUAAAUGUAACGUAUUUCGACAGAUCAUGGGAGAUCAAUGUCCUUGUAUCAGUGGAAGUACUUGCACGAGCACAACAAAUGAACUGACGUUAAAAACAAGAAUGACAUGCAAAGCCAUUGUUAAACACGACUACAGAGAAAUCGUGGAAGAAGUCAUGAUAAUGUAA